AUCAUAACACAGUCAACAAUAUACGCAUGCGCAGAUGGUCUGUUUUCAAACUGGCCGCGAUAGCAUGCGCGUUAGCUGCUUUAGAAAGUGAAGCAGCGUUAUACUUACCGUAUUAGUUAGGUUUGUCGUUAUUGAGUAGUUUCUCUCAUGGAUUUAGACGGCGGAACCUACGAGCCAGGAUUUGUUGGGAUACGAUUUUGUCAAGAAUGUAACAAUAUGUUGUACCCUAAAGAAGACAAGGAGAACCGUGUCCUGCUUUAUGCGUGCAGGAAUUGUGAUUACCAACAAGAGGCAGACAACAGCUGCAUCUACGUCAAUAAGAUUACCCAUGAGGUUGAUGAACUGACACAAAUCAUUGCUGAUGUAUCUCAGGAUCCAACGCUACCAAGGACAGAGGACCACCCCUGUCCCAAAUGUGGUCACAAGGAGGCAGUGUUCUUCCAGUCUCACAGUAUGAAGGCAGAGGAUGCUAUGAGACUGUACUACGUCUGCACGGCUCCUCAUUGUGGACAUCGAUGGACAGAGUAAAACUGGUGAUGAAGAGGGCUAUCAUUGUCAUCUACAUGCUGUUCACAGAAAUAUCCCUAGCUGCUGCUCAAGCGGUUCUUUGUUGUUUUUUUUACUCCUACCAUACCUGUCACAAACCUGCACACACAAACUGGUAGCUGUGAAUAUAAUAAAAUGCAUUACUGUGCAGUUUGUUGUCUAACGGCAGUACUGCCCUGAAAUGUACCGUGGCUUACAGGUUGUGAGACACCAUCUUGUGAAUAUAAUGUAGAUUUAUAUAAUAGUUUUGGUAACACAUUAUAAUACAACCUGUGAAUUAUAAUGUAAUGUUUUUGUAUUAAUCAGGUUCCAAUAACAUACUUAGUACUUCCUACUGGUACUUAAAUGUAGGCACAGUGGAAGAAAACAUUAACAAGUGGCCAUUUUACUCAGGAGUAGUUUGGUAUGCACUACUCACAAAAACUACUACUACUAAAAGUAUGAUUUGUUUGCCCUUUCCCCUAACAUGCCAAACUAGUACUCCCUUGUUCCUUGUAAUUUUGUUUUCUUCCACCUUAUCCGCAUUUAGAUACCAGUAGGACCCACUAAGUGUUAAGGUAAGAUCAACCUUUAUUAGUCCUGCAACAGGGAAUUUUGCAAAGGUACAGCACCAGAGGGAUAGAGAGCCUGUUUUAUUGGUGCCUGAUUCAUAAAACUGCAUUAUACUGUCAAUUACAGGUUGUAUUUUUUUUUAAACAUUUGUGAUUUUCAAAUGUGUUUUCUUAGAUUAAAAGAAUCAAUUGUUCCAAAUGUCU